AUGUCGUCGUCAUUAUCAGAUGUUGAAGAUCAAACAGUUUCAUCUAAUGCUUGUUUUUAUUAUAUUCCUUCAACAACUGAUAAUGAUCAAAUGAUACAUAAUUCAAAUCCAGAAUCGAAUUUUUAUGUUAUUAAAAAUACACAACAAUCAUCGUCUUUUCCUUCAUCAAUAACGACUGCAUCAAGGCCAGGAAAUGCACGAACACUAUUCACUAUUAUUCCAUCAAUGGCACAAGACACAACGAUCAAUACUAAUUCAACAUCAGAAAAAAAAGAUAAACCGGAAUUUGUUGUACGAACAAAUUAUCCGGAUUCAAAUGCCCCAUUAGGUGUAUCUGUUUCUAAAUUUAGCAAAAAUCAUAUUGUGUCAUCUCAACAACGUCUGUUAAUCAAAGGUGGUCGAGUGGUUAAUGAUGAUGGAACAACACUUGCAGAUGUUUUUAUUGAAGAAGGUAUUAUUAAACAAAUGGGUCUUAAUCUUGUAGUUCCAGGUGGAACAAAAACAAUUGAUGCAACAGGCAAAUUAGUUAUGCCAGGUGGUAUUGAUACACAUACUCAUUUUGAAUUACCUUUUAUGGGUACAAAAUCAAUUGAUGAUUUUCUUAGCGGUACAAAAGCAGCUAUUGCUGGCGGUACAACAACAAUACUUGAUUUUGUUAUUCCUGCAAAAGAACAAUCACUUCUUGAAGCUUAUGCACAAUGGCGCGAACGAGCUGAUGCUAAAGUUUGUUGUGAUUAUGGUUUACAUGUUGCUAUUACAACAUGGAAUGAACAAGUUGCUAAAGAUAUGGAAAAACUUACGAAAGAAAAAGGUGUUAAUUCAUUUAAAGUUUUCAUGGCUUAUAAAGAUGUUUUUAUGUUACAAGAUGAUGAAAUUUUUCAAGUAUUUAGUAAAUGUCGUGAGCUAGGUGCUAUUGCUAUGGUGCAUGCUGAAAAUGGUUCCGUAAUAACUGAAUUAGAAAAAGAAAUGUCACAAUUAGGUAUAACAGGACCUGAAGGUCAUCUUCUUAGUCGACCGGAAAAACUCGAAGCUGAAGCCACAAAUCGAGCUAUUACUAUUGCUGAACAAACUCGAUGUCCACUCUAUGUUGUGCAUGUUAUGAGUAAAACAGCAGCUGAUAAAGUUACGGAAGCUCGAUUAAAAGGUCAAGUUGUAUUUGGUGAACCUAUUGCAGCAAGCUUAGGAGUUGAUGGAUCGCAAUAUUUUCAUAAAUGUUGGCGUCAUGCAGCCGCUCAUGUAAUGUCACCACCUUUGCGUAAUGAUGCAACAACUGGUCCUUAUCUAAUGGAUCUAUUGGCUAAUGGUUCAUUAUCAGCAACUGGUACUGAUCAUUGUACGUUUAAUGCUAACCAAAAAGCUCUUGGAAAAGAUGAUUUUCGAAAAAUUCCAAAUGGUGUCAAUGGUGUUGAAGAUCGUUUAGCAGUUAUUUGGACAAAAGGUGUUGAAACUGGAAAACUUGAUAUCAAUCAAUUUGUUGCUGUAACAAGUUCAAAUGCAGCACGUAUAUUUAAUAUUUAUCCUAAAAAAGGUCGUAUAGCUGUUGGUUCUGAUGGUGAUUGUAUUAUUUGGGAUCCUGAAGCAAAUAAAACCAUUUCAGCCUCAACACAUCAUCAAGCAUGUGAUUUUAAUAUUUUUGAAGGUUUACAAUGUCAUGGAUUACCUGUAGUUACGAUUGUUGCUGGUAAAAUUGCUUAUGAAAGUGGACAAUUAAGUGGUGUACAAGGUUCAGGAAAAUAUAUUGACACUCCAUGUUAUGCUGAAUAUGUUUAUCAAAGAUUAAAUAAACGUGAACAACUUCGUGAACAGCAAAUAAAACAACAAAAAAUUGAACGUGAACCAUAUACAGGUGAAGUAUUAGAUAUUAAUAAAGCAACAUCAGAAGCUGAUUCAAAAACAAAACCAAAAGGACAAACAAAUACAAGUAGUGGUGAGCCUACUACUGCUGCUGCUACCGCUGGUUUUCAUAGCCGGCCAGCAACGCGCGCUGGUGGACGAAAUCUAUUAGAUUCGAGUUUUACAUUAUCAGGUGAUCAAUGGGAUGAUCGAAACCAACGAAAGACAACUCGUGUUCAUCAACCACCUGGUGGACAAUCGAAAGGAUUGUGGUAA